AUGCCGGUCAGGGUGGUCGACACCGCCACGCCUUCCUCGCAGCCCUCCCCAGGGCAAGAAGCAAAUACUGGACACCCAUCUCCUCCUAGCUGUUCACUCUUAAGUGCUGGAAGAUCUUUUGCUGGAACUCAGAAUGUUUCAAGUCUGCAGAAGGAUGAAGCAUGGAAAGUGAAUGUCCGCAUCCAUGGUUGCGAUCUUGAACAGGGUUAUCUAUGUGGAACGAUGGAAGCACUUAAUGUUCCAUUAGCAGAUACACCUGUAGUGACAUUUUGGGAGGGGGAGAUAGUGGAUGCUAAAAAUUACACUUUUUUCACUGGCAAGUGGGAGGCAUCACCAGAGGACGAUAUAAGACAUUGGUCCAAGUUCACAUCAUUUACGCCUCUUCUGAGUCAGAUUGAGACAGAUGGUGGCAAGUCUCUGGACUUUAGCAACUAUCCUUAUAUAUUUAUGAGAUGGAAAGAGCAAUAUUUUGUCAAUGUUGGAGCUGACUGUGGGUUAACCAUCGCUGGUUUCUACUACGUCUGCUUUUCUUGUAGCGAUGGCUCCAUUAGUGGAUUUUAUUAUGAUCCAAAUAGCAGUCCAUUUCAGAAGCUCGAAUUGAAGUGUACCAAUGAGAAAAAUUCUGGAUUCACCUUUUCAUCCUAUGAGCUGCAGUGA